CAAUCAUAGCCUCCACGGACAUGGGACUUCUGCUGAGAGAUGAUGUUUUUGUCAACUUUUUCAACACAUUUCUGAAUCUUCCCGUUUUUGGCCAGACACCCAUUUACAUCAGCAGCACGGGCCGGUGGGAAUUCUGGCCAGAGCUGACGAGCUACCUGGAUCCCAGCCCCCCGGCUUUACUGGCUUGGCUGGAAAAGCCCCGCCUGCCUCACUUCUGCAAAUCCAGCCUGUGCCUCAAUCUCGUCCUCUGCCAGAAGCUCCUGGGCUUCAUUCGGUCGGGGGAAGCAGGGGAAGAACUGACCAGCUUCUGGCUCACCACCGAAAGGCUCCUGGGGCUUGACGAGUCGGACGCGAGGCAGAGGGACCUCUACCUGUCCUUGCUUCACAGGCUGAAAGCCACUCACCUGCGUGAAGGCUCCACCAUUGUCACUCUCUGCAGGACCAUUGUUGGGUCACUGCCGAAAGCCAGGCAUGUUCAGCCCAUCAGCACCAGGAGGGAGAUCCUGAGAAAGAUGCAGGAACGAGCCCUUUGUAUGAUUCAGAGUUACUGGCUUCCUAAAUUCUUCAUCCACUGCAAGAUGAGCAUGGCAAAAGAGAAAUCGUGCUGGCCUUUGCUGAAGGAGUAUCAGGAGCGUUUAUUAUGGGCCAACUCACAGGAGCCCUCAGGCUUUUCAGAGAAUCUCUUCAUGAUGCAUGUUAAAAAGAGCCAGGGUUUGUCAGGGCCCUACUGCAGCAGGAAGGCCAAAGCAGAGAUCUGGACUCUGGUCAAGGAGGGAAGAAACACCCAAGAACUGAAGAUGCCAAGUUUCCAGGUGCAACCAGAAAGGCAGCCAGGGCCAGCUGGGAGCACAAAGGAAUCACGUCUGGAUAAGGAUGCUUUGGGAUUGAUUCCUCAGCAGUCAGAGCAUCCUGCAAACGCUGCCUUUGGAGACAAAGGAGGAGCAACCUCUACCAAAAGACCUAGACCAAAUGCAGAGCAGGUCCAUCAUCUGAAAGACCUCUGUGAAGAGAAAGUCCUCUCUAACCUGUGUUCCUCUGCACCCCUUGUCCAGCUGCCGUCCCUGAAAAAGCCAGUCGAGACCUUGAGUUUCCUUCCCUGGGCCCUUAGCGCUGAGACCUGUGCGGGACAGCCCUUCAGGGACUUCUUGAAGUGCCAGAACCGGCCCAUGGAGACUCUUGUCCUGGACCUGUGGCAUGACCUGGAGGAAUUUCUGCCCGUGGUGCUGGACCCCAGCAGAGAAAACAGUUUCUUCCUGCGUCAUUUGAUUGGCGAGAAGAUAUGCAAGACCUACCUGGAGGAGGGCACCGUUCUGCAGCUUCCAUUGGAGACCAGGACUCUCAGGAGCUUGCAGAACCAUCUGAUGUCUGGAGAAUUCUCCCCCUGGAUAUUCAGAGCCCAGAAGGAGAUUUGCAAGGUGCUCUGCAGCUUCUAUGAGGAAUUUCUGGCUGAUGAUGACAGGACAUUCUUCCAGUUUAUGUCUCCACAGAGCGAUGUCCUGAUGCCCGAGAUGCAAGGCCAUGCUGUUGGGAAAGAUGAAUGUUUCCUCCUGUCCCAGCGAAUAAACGAGUCCUUGAAGCUGGCCCAGGCCUUGCAUGGCAGGAGGAACUUGGAAGGUCUCUCCUCUGAGCACUGGCGAUUAGUUGCUACUCGGGACCUCCGGAAAGGGGGCUCCAUCCAGACAGAGGUGGAAAUUCUCCUGUGCAGGACCGGUCACUGGUGGUACAGAGAUCACAUCUCCUGGUGUCUCUUCGUCUACAGGCACUUUGUGAAAGUACUGCAUGACCCUGCCCACCUGCAGUUCUUCAAGCAAUUCCUCGAGGAGCGCAAUGCAGAUAAACCGCUGCGUUUCUGGAUAGCUGUGGAGAAGCUAGUCACAGAGACCAACCCCAAGAGGAAAAGCUUCCUCAUUAACAGCAUUGUCAGAAAUUAUUUCUGUGCUGAAAUCCCAGCUGAGGAGCAGCUGCACUGCGACGCUUCUAUCAUCAAAGAAAUAAAUGAUGCCAAAGCAGUGAGCCCCUUCAUGUUGAUAACAGCACAGAUCUUUGUCCAGAAAGCAAUGGAAAAACGAAGGUUUAAAGAGUACCAGGACCUGUUUCCCCCAACCGAUAUGCCUAAGUCCAACCUUCAUUUGCAGCACAGGAUGAGGAACUUCAGGUCAGACAAGCUGCGGUGGGCCUGGCACGCCAUUCGUGACCUCGUCAAGAGCCUCUGCAAGUUCCGGAGGGAGAUGGACAAUGACAAAUGCCGUGCGGAGUUUGAGGUCUUUCUCCAUCAGGAACUAGGAAAUGAGGAGGAAAACUUGCCCAUCAGCUUGAUGAAAAGCAGCAGUACCGUGAGCAAUUUCCACCCCGACACGGCCUCUGCCAGCACCCCACCAGACAAGGAGAUGGUACUAGUGAAACGUCACCUGUUUAACAGCCAGCUCGUUACAGUCAACUUUCUCGUCAACGACCUCCGCUUUUAUCUAGAGAUCGACAAGUUUUCCAGGCUGGCUGAUUCAGUUGAAGCUCUGGCAGCUCGCAACAUGCAGUCAGAAAAGGAAGUUGCCUUUCUCAAAAGGAAGGUUGCCAUCAUCAGCAAACUCUUCCUGAACUCUGAUAUUCCCCCCAAAUUGCGGGUUCUGUACCUGGAAGGUGAUGAGGAGCUUUCGGGUCUCCACAAAGGACGGGGAGCCAAUCUCUUUGCCCAGUACGAAAACCUCCUCCGAAUCACCUGA